AGUACAACAGCGUAUCACAUCCUGUUAUCGCAUCAGAGCUCAGACUAGUUUCAUUUCUCAGGAAGUGAGACACAAUACAGUCAGACAGUCGAUGUCACUGAGCGAGAGGUGAAAUGGCGCAGAAAGGAGUUCAGCUGGACCGGGAAACCUUCUCUUGUUCCAUCUGUCUAGAUCUACUGAAGGAUCCGGUGACUAUUAACUGUGGACACAGCUACUGCAUGAACUGUAUUAAAGCCAGGGAUGAAGAGGAUCGUAAGUACAGCUACAGCUGCCCUCAGUGCAGGCAGAGCUUCACACCGAGGCCUGUCCUGCUGAAAAACACCAUGUUAGCAGCUUUAGUGGAGGAGCUGAAGAAGACUGGACUCCAAGCUGCUCCUGCUGAUCACUGCUAUGCUGGAGCUGAAGAUGUGGCCUGUGAUGUCUGCACCCGGAGAAAACUCAAAGCCAUCAAAUCCUGCCUGGUGUGUCUGGUCUCUUACUGUGAGAAACACCUUCAGCCUCAUUUUGAAUCUCCUGCUUUCGAGAAACACAAGCUGGUGGAGCCGUCCAAGAAGCUCCAGGAGAACAUCUGCUCUCGUCAUGAUGAGGUAAUGAAGCUUUUCUGCCGUACUGAUCAGCAGUGUAUCUGUUCUCUCUUCGUGGAUGAACAUAAAGGCCACGACACAGUCUCAGCUGCCGUAGAGAAGGACUGA